CUUCAGCAGAAAAGACGUCUCCUUCAAUAUGGCCGAAAGGAGAAAGAAAAGAAUAUCUACAAAUCAAAGACUUCUACAUUUAUUUCUAAAUGACCUUUAAGGACCUAAAGGUGCAAACAAGAACAAACCAGAAGGACAACGUAAUACACACAGAUAAACUUGGACAAUACGAUAAGAAAGUACUUCGAAAGGACAACAAAAUGCAGACAACGGCAUGUUUCCAAGCAAUGUGACAACGGAAGUAAUAGAGAGAAAGACGAUGGAAGAUCCGCUGACUUUCCAAACGAAUUCCUUCAGCCUGCACUGGAGCGUUAUUAACUCCACCUCCUCGGACGCCUACGUCAUAAGCCUCCUCCUCUCCUGCAUCUACACCAUCCUGCUCUUCCCGCUCGGCCUCAUGGGUAACAUCCUGAUCCUGCUGGUGAACUUUGACCCUCGGCAGCGGAUGAGCACGCCGGACCUGUACUUCACUAAUUUGGCUCUGGCCGACCUAGUGUUGGUUGUGGACUCGCUGAUUGAAGUGUUCAACCUGAGCGCGCACUAUUACGACGAUGCGGUCUUGUGCUCAUGCAUGGCGAUUUUCCUACAGGUCAACAUGUACAGCAGCGUGUUUUCCCUCACAUGGAUGAGUUUGGACCGCUGCCUUGCGCUGACCGGCCUAAGAAGGCGAGCGCUACCUGAAAACGCCUCCAUUUCGCAUCGUUCGCGCGUUGCACGCAGGGCUUGUGCAACCAUAUGGGCGGCGGCCACCUUGUGCACUCUGAUUCCAUUCGCUACUGUGCAUGUGCAUCACGGAUGGGGGCGUGGCUUCUGUUUUGCAGGCGUGGCUGAGGUGCAAUGGCUGGAAGUGACGUUGGGAUUCGCUUUGCCGUUUUGCGUGAUGGGCGUCUGCUACACUUUAAUCGUGCGUGUGCUUCUGCGCUCUGAACGGCCGCAGCGAACCAAAGCCCUGCGCAUGAUCAUCGCAGCCGUGAGCGUGUUUUUUGUGUGCUGGCUGCCAGAGAACGUCUUUAUCAGCGUGCAUCUUUUGAACGGUGACAUGGAUGCCUCCCGGCGACGUGGAAACCAUAAUCUGUGGCAGCGCUACCCGCUCACGGGACACAUUGUGACCUUAGCGGCCUGCGCCAACAGCUGCCUGAACCCACUCGUCUACAGCCUGCUGGGACACACCUUUAGACGGAAACUGCGAGUGUUUGUCGCGCACCACGUCCCGUGCCUGCAUACGCAGAGCUCAAGGGCAACACCUCCCUGUCCGUGUGUAACAUGCACAAAUGCACACCAUUCGUGCUCGCACGAGAAUAAAGAAGAGGAAGAACAUGACCUUAGAAGCGGCAUGGAGGGUCAAGAGUGUGUGUGUGACAGAGUGGGAUAAACAUGGUCAUGUUGUAAUGACACAGGACAAAUCCUUUUGCUUUUUUUAAAGAAAUUAAUACUUUUAUUCCUUAAGGAUGCAUUUAAUCGAUCAAAAGUGACAGUAAAGAUAAUUUAAAAUAAACUUUCUGAUUAUCAAGGAAUCCUGACAAAAAAUAAUCAUGGAUUCUGCAAAGAUACUAUUUUUUUUAACAUUGAUAAUAAUCAGAAAUAUUUCUUGAGCAGCAAAUCAGCAUAUUAGAAUGAUUUCUGAAGAUCAUGUGACACUGAAGACUGGAGUAAUGAUGCUGAAAA